UUUUCCUUCUUUAACUUCUUUUCUUCUCUCUCCCUCCCUUGCACUCUCUCUCUCAAAGCCCGAGGUCAACAAGAAGAGGAACUUCUUUGCUCUCUUUGAAACGUUCAUGGGGUAUCUGAGUCUUGUUGGUCAAAGAAGAAUGCACCGACCGUCAUUGUAUUGAGAGCUACCCUUCUAGCUUCUGCUUCUCUUCAGCCUGCAGCUUCCUCCUACUUUCCUCUUCUUCAUCACUAGAAUUUUCCAUCAGCAAUCUCAACCCUAGAAAAAAAAACCACAAAAAGUUGAGAAAAAACCCCACAAUAAUAAUAACAUAAAAGAUAGAGGAAAGUGCGAAAAGAAAAGUCUUAGCUAUAGAGUUUAGCCCCCAACAAACCUGCUUUUUUUCUUCUUCCCUUAGAUCUUCAAGAUCUAGGAAUUUGAGGUAGUCAAAAACAAGAAGUGGGGGUUUUUUUCCCCUGAUUUUCCACUUUUAUUUUAUUUUUUAUUUAUCAUGAAUUUCGGAGCAGCAGCCGCAAGAGCUAGAGAUGCUGGAUUUUCUACUGAGGAUGACCAAAAUAUGGUGAGAGGUAAGCUUCCUUUCUCAUAUUCUUCCUCUCCCUCUUCAUCUUCGUCUUCUCCUCACUACAUCAAACCCACCGGCGUAGCCACUCUGGUCCCUUCUUCGGCUGUCAGCAGAAGCCGCAGCUGGCACGACGGCAGAGGCAGCCCCGACACGAAGCUUGAGCUUAUGGACUCGGCCCCCCGAGAAAACAACGAAGAUGGUGGUGCUCAAAGAGAAGAAAACCCAAUCCCCAUCGAGAGGGAGCACAUGUUCGACAAAGUCGUGACGCCGAGCGACGUAGGGAAGCUCAACCGCCUCGUCAUCCCGAAACAGCACGCCGAGAAGUACUUCCCGUUGGAUUCUUCCAGCAACGAGAAGGGGCUUCUGCUGAAUUUCGAGGACCGGAACGGGAAGCCGUGGCGGUUUAGGUACUCCUACUGGAACAGCAGCCAGAGCUACGUGAUGACCAAAGGGUGGAGCAGGUUUGUGAAGGAGAAAAAGCUCGACGCCGGCGACAUAGUCUCGUUCCAGCGAGGACUUGGUGAGGUGGGGAAAGACCGUCUUUUUAUUGAUUGGCGGCGCCGCCCGGAUGCGCCUUAUCCAAACCAUCACCACCACCACCACCCACUUCAUCCACAUUAUCAACCCAAUUUUGCAAUUCCGCAUCAGCAUCAAUACUCCUGGAACCCUCACCGGCCGGUUCCAUGGAGCCCGUUGCUGAUGAGACCUCCCGGGGCAGUAGUGACUCCGGACCACUUGUCGCAGCAGCAGAUUAAUUACGGCGUCAAUAUGCAUCACCCAUAUCGAAAUACUGGGACGAGUGGUGGUGGUUCGGGUUCUUAUGGUUACGGAAAUGUGGUUAACUCUACUGGGCCGAUUUAUUAUUUGAGAUCAGCUUCAUCCGCUGCCCCGCCACAGUUUCCUGAGCAAGGGGACAGCAGACUAAUAGAAUUUCAACAACACCAACAAGUACAGUUGGGUCGGGUUCAUGAGUCGAAUAUGGUUCUGGAGUCGGUGCCAGUGGUCCAUGGGAAGGCGGCAGCCAAGAAGCUGAGGCUAUUUGGAGUGAACAUGGAGUGUCCCAUAUCGGAGUCGGAUCAUGAAUGUGACAUAUUGUCUUCAACCACAUUAUCAUCAUCUCAGUAUCAUCAUCAUCAUGCUCACCACCAACUUUCGCCGCCAUCGCAACCCCCACCGCUCCAAUUAAGGCUCUACGACGGCAUGCCUCUCCACGACCAAACCAUGCCCUCCACCACCACUACUAGUACCACCACCGACUUUCUCAACGUGAGUGGCAAGGCCUCCCCAUCUUCCAUGUCCUUGGACUUUGCUGUCUAGUUGACUACUCCAUCACAGUGCCAAUAAACAUCCAAGGUUGUCAAAAUUAAGAAGAGAAACGAGAAAUGCAGAAGGAGAAAAUGGGAUGAUGUGGCAAAUUUGCAAUUGAAUAAGAAGUUGGGAGAGAACUCAUUUCUCAGAUCAAUGGAUAGUCAUCUGUACAGAAAAGGAAACAGAUGAUGAUCAGAACAAAAGUGCUGCUAGUGCUAGAGCGACCUGAUGUAAUUGCAGUUUUGUAUUUUACCUUUGGUAGGUUUGUUGUUCUUGUCGCUGCUUCGUUGGGCACACCAGUGCUCGCGGGUUUUCUCAGACAGACUUGCAGAGAUUAAAAGCGAUAAGGUAGCCAGCUCUGUUAUAUAACAGAAAAUAUUUCUCUCUUCAUACAUCUUUAACUAUUUUCCUUCAUUAAUUCUUGCUACCUUCUUUUUCUGCACUAAAGUAAUUUAAUUUAUUGAUUUUCUUGUUGCCACCUUAAUUUUUUCUUUUUAUUUCACUGCAAAAUUAAAAUGAAAUUCUCCUGCAAAUCAAUAUAGCUAAUGUAUUAUGGUGCACCUCUAGUACUACUAUUAUUGUUCUUAUGUCUAUGUUGCAUUUGGCUUUUACUUACAAGAAAAUUUUGAACUUUGCAUUUGAUCAACAAAAUGUAUAUUUGGUAGUACUAAACUUAAUUAAUGUAAGGAUUAAACAGUACCUUUUUCAUGGUUUGAACUUUUAAUAUGGACCACAUUUUUAACUUGCAACAACAACAACAGCAUGACAAUAAGAGUAGUAGAGAUGUAGCUAGAGUGCUAGCUGCAUGCUCUAUUGUAAUGUGAAUUUUAUAAAAUCAUAGUGUUGUAAAGACGAAAACAAUAUACUAGGGCGUCGUCUUUAUAAUUUUUAAUGUUUUUGAUCAAUCAUGGUUGAUAUUUCGGGAUGAUAUAUUGUAUAAUGAGUUUAAAGAUAUGGAUGAUAGAUACAUGUAAAUAUACAUAUAUAUAUAUGUGUAUAUAUAUCAACUUACCGGAUUCAUGAUCAGGUUCUUUUGCCACCUAAAAAAUCAUGUUUUUCAUCAUUUACCAUUGUGAUGUGUAUGAAAACUUUACAAUAGAAAGCUGAUCUAUUCUUGUUCUAUAGUUCAAAUAAUCUGUCACAAAAUUAAGGAUCAGUGAGUUGAAUGCAUUAGUUGGCAUAUGUGUGUAUUAUUUGAAUGCAUUAGUUGCAUGCAUGAAGUAAAAUGAGGAACAAAAUUAACGAGCUGUGAGCCUAACUUUAACUUAUUGCUAAGGCCUGACAUUAUACAAAAUUUUCAUCCAUCUUCGGAUUUCACUGCGUGCGAAUUGAAAUCAUGAGCAUUAUACAUUCUUAUCAUAGCCUAGGGUUACAUUUGCUUUGAAAUUUUUCUUUUUUUUUACCCUUAUUUUUAUUUAGUUUAAUUAUUUUUAUCAGAGGAAAAAGAAUUAGCUCUUUCGAAGGGUUCAUGCUUGAGACAUGCAUAAAAAAGUAAUUCAUACAGAAUUUUAACGAAAUGAACAUGGUAAUAUACACAAAAUACUCUAAUGCUAAUAUAUAAAAACUUUAACAUUAUUAGGAAACAUCCCACAUCAGCCACUCAGGUGAUUUAGCAUAUACGAAUUGUGCCCUCUUACACGAGAGACAAUUGGCAAAAUCCUUCACCAGUUUUUUUUUUUUUUUUUUUUUUUUUUUUAAAGAAAAGCACAAAUAUACAAGGAUUAGGAAUAUUUGGUUUAUAGUUAGUAAUUAAUUGCUCAUAUACUAAUGUUGUUCAUUCUCCUGAUCAUUACUCCUAAAUUCUUUCACUAGUGUCACUACUAAUGUGACAUUGUAAGAUAAUAGGAAUUUUUAAAUCCUUAUAGUACUUACUAAAACUCAUUUGAUGAUGAUAUUAGUGCUGUUUGCUUCUUUUUUUUUUUUUUUUUUUUUUUUUUUUUUUUGGUUGUUGAUAUCGUUCAGUGGUUUCUAGAUAAUUUUUGGUACAAAUUGAAUUGUGUAUGUAUAAUAAGUUUAAGCAAUACGGAUGUAUAGAGAGAUCAUAAUACUAUACACACCUACAUACCUUAAUAUAUACAAAUCCUACAUCUGACAUAACUGAUAUUUAUGAGUAAUCAUUUUCCUACCCUAAAUCUCUAUAUAAGAAGUUUAUGAGUGUAUACAUUUAUAGAAAUUAAAAUUUUCUUUGACAUGCAAGUACAAAAUCCGGAAACUAAUUAACUUGUAAAACAUAUAUUUGCAACAGUUAGAUGUAAAUGUAUGGUCUGUACAGCUAAAUAUUAGUUUCCAAUUUAAGUUAAUUUUAUUUGUUUGUCUAUUUUAACUAAUGAAGUAUUUCUAGUAUAAGUUAUAACCCGCAAAAGGAAUUGUAUUUUACAUUAAUGAAGUCACACCAUUUUGAUGCAUUUGCAGUCUGGAACAUGAUGAGUAUCAGAUAUAAUAACAGUCAGUUUCGGUUUUGGAUUUUCUAGUAGGUAUGUGCAUAUCCAGAAGCUGAUAUAUUCCUUUCAUUAGGGUAAUGAAUUCUGUCAAGUGUUAAUAUAUGGCUGGCUUUUAUUGUUUUGACAACCCCCCUCCUCUCUCUCCCUAGCUGGAAACUCCCACUAGAAAUUUGAGCUUGUAUCUUGUUCACAAGUAUUUACUCUAAAUUAAUCUAAAAUACGAAAAGAGAUAUUUGAAUUUUGCAUGCAGAAUAAAAUUCACAAAGUAUUGGAAGUAAUUUAUUUUUAUACACCUUUGUUAGGUAAAUUUUGCCUAGGUACUAUUUAGCCCUAAACGUACUCCAAUAUUUUAAGCAAGCUCCCCAUUUUUUGGACAUCUUCUAGUUGUUGAUAUAGCUAGAGUUGAUUGGCCUCAUGGCAUUCUAA